CAAGCAGAAAUUACUGAAAAGUCAAUUUCAAUGUCACUAUGGAAUGAAGAAGUACUUCAAGUAACAGGCAUCAAACAGAUCCAUGUAAUUGAAUGUUCCUCUGAAGGAAAUAUUAAACUUCUUAAGUCAGCACGAAGUAAUGAAUGUGAAACCUACAGUGAAGGAGAUUGGGUGCUUGUGACUUAUGACGCAGAAAAGUAUCCUGGUGAAGUGAAAACUGUAAAAACAGAAGAAAUUGAAGUCUCUUGUAUGAUUAGAUCUGGAAAGUACUGGAAAUGGCCAAGAAACCCUGACAUUGCCCACUAUACAUUUGGCAAUGUAAUUGGAAAACUUGAUCCUCCGAUUCCAGCUACUUCACGUGGACAAUUUUACUUUGAGAAACUAUAAAUUACAAUAUUCUUAUUUAAAAAUAUGCUGCUAAACCUUAUUUUACCUAUUUUACUCAAUUAAUUUGUAAGUUUUUCCUAUUGCCUAAGUUUCAUAAUAAAUAAUUUUAUAACUAUUUGCACGUGUCACACACGUCACAAUUGAAGUCACACACGUCACAAGCAUUUUUAUUUUUUAAUUAAAUAUGCAUGACUUGAAAUAAUAAAACAGUGAUUGAUAGAAAUUAUAUGAAGUAUCUAUUACCCAUUUAAAUUAAAAUAAAUAUUAUAUAUCAAUAUAAAUCACAGAAAAAAUUUAAUUUGCAGAUCAACCUGAAAAUUUUCCUUACAAAAUCGUCACACACGUCACAUGACUUUAAAGUCGUUUUCUAUUUAAAGCAAAAACUAAAACUAAAUGCUUUUUACACUAAAAUGUCCUGUCACUCAUGCAUAACAAAACCAUAUUAACAAGCUUUUCCCAUCAAUUUUAGGAGAGGGUAUUUUUAUUGUAAAACAUCAUUGUAAAGUGACUCCGAAUGUCACACACGUCACUAUGGAAUGGGCCUGUUUGUUUUUUUUUCAAUAUUAUUUAAAAAGUAAUAUUACUGAUAUAUUUGCUAUAAAUCACAUAACAGUAUUUA